GCAUGUGGGAUUUGUGUAUAUAUAAGCCCUUCAUGUUGACAUAUUGUAGUUUAGUCUUGCAAUAUUGCUUUUUAAGUCUCAUGGCUCAAUUACCUCCAAAAAUCCCCACCAUCACCCCUAAUUGGGCUGAUUUCUCCCACCAAAAAAUGGAGGGAUUGUCCAUCAACAACAACAACAACAAUCCAAUGUGGAUCGACGAGUUCCUCGACUUCUCGUCGGCCCACCGCGGGUCCCACAGGCGGUCGAUGAGCGACUCGAUCGCCUUCCUGGAGGCCCCGACGGCGGAGGAGUGCCUCAAGUCGAACUCCUCCGCCGUCGGUAAAGACGGCGGGUUCGAGGGGCUCGACGACGACCAGCUCAUGUCGAUGUUCAACGACGACGUGGCGCCAGGCGCCUCGAACCCCUCGUCCCCGUCCGACCACAACAGCAUCAACGACGACGGGCCGGCCGUGCACCCGAAGAGCGAGCCGCAGGAGGACGACGACGGCCUAUACGCCUCCGCCGCGAUGGAUAAUUCCGGCGAGAGGAUCGCCGAUCCAAAGCGGAUCAAGAGAAUUUUGGCGAACCGGCAAUCUGCGCAGAGGUCACGAGUGAGAAAAUUGCACUACAUUUCUGAGCUAGAGCGCAGCGUUUCUUCUCUACAAGCUGAAGUAUCAGUGUUAUCACCACGAGUAGCUUACUUGGACCACCAACGCCUCGUACUAAAUGUCGAUAACAGUGUUCUCAAGCAAAGAAUAGCAGCUUUAGCUCAAGAUAAAGUUUUCAAAGAUGCUCAUCAAGAAGCAUUAAAGAGGGAAAUUGAGAGGCUGAGGCAAAUAUACUACGAACAAAACAUGAAGAAAAUGGAGAAUGAUUCACCAUCACGAGUUGCUGAUACUUCAGAGCAAGAGCAACUAGCAGUUAACUGACAUAUGUCACACAUUAAUUUCCAAGGAAAAAGCAUUACCAAAUAAAGAGCAGCCUUUGUGAACUAUAGAGUAAUCAAGUUCACAUUUAAGAAGCUCUUAUGUUUGUUUGAUUAGGAAAAUUCUCUUUUCUUGGCUUAAUUUUAUGGAGGAGAGUGGCUAUAUAAUUCUAUUUUAUUUUAUUCUAUUCUAUUUUUUAUCAUCACCCAAUCAUCAAAUUUUAUUCUCAGAAGCAUGUCAGUUUGUUGUAGAAAAUGGGUUUUUGUUGGGAUGUAUGUAAAUGUGUGUAUUAACUUAACUAGUAUAUCAUUUCCUCCGUCUACGAAAAAUAAUCUUAUUUUUUUCA